CGGCCACGGGUUUGUCACGCCGAUGACUCGCCCUCGCGCCCGCGCCCGCCCGGGCCGGCUGGCCCUGUUCGAGAUCCCGCUCGCCGUGCGGCGGUUGGCUUGGCGGCAGCAGCAGGAUCAGCAGACGGCGGCCGAGGGCGGCGGCGAUGUGCCGGACCAUUUCUUGUGCCCGAUCUCGCUGGAGAUGAUGAGGGAUCCCGUCACGGCGCCGACGGGGAUCACGUACGACCGGGACGGCAUCGAGGGGUGGCUGGAGCUUGGGCGUGGGGCGUGCCCCGUCACCGGCCGGCCGCUGAGGGCGGAGGAGCUGGUGCCCAACCACGCCACGCGGAGGAUGAUCCAGGAGUGGUGCGUCGCCAACAGGGCGUUCGGGGUGGAGCGCGUGCCCACGCCGCGCGUCCCGGUGUCCGGCGCCGACGCGCGCGAGGUCUUUGAGGCUGUCGCCGCGGCGGCGAGGCGUGGGGACGGGGUAGCGUGCGGGAAGAUGGUGGCGAGGGCUAGGGCGCUCGGGAAGGAGAGCGAGCGCAACCGCCGGUGCUUCGCCGCCGCGGGCGCCGCCCGCGCCCUCGCGUUUGCUUUCUCGCGUCUCGUUGCUGCCUCCGACCAGGCGGAAACGCGCGCCCUUGAGGAGAUCUUGGCCGCGCUGGUCGUCUUCUUCCCGCUCGACGAGGAGUCCAGGCGCUGCAUUGCCUCCCCAGCGUCGCUGGACGCCCUCGUCAAAAUCAUGUCUCACGGCGAGCCGGUCGCGCGGGUCAGCGCCGUCGUCGUGCUCCGGGAGAUCGCCUCCUCAUCCGAUAGUCAAUGCCUCGAGGCAAUGUCCAAGGCCAACGCCAUGUACGACGCGCUCGUCAAGCUCGUCGCGAAGCCAGUCUCGCCGCAAGCCACCAAGGCCGCACUGGUCACCGCCUACUACCUCGUCAAAAACGUCGAACACGCGGCCUCCCGCUUCGUCGACCUCGGCGUGGUGGAGCUCCUCGUCGAGCUCCUGGCCGACGCCGACAAGGGCACGACGGAGAAGGCGCUCGCGGUGCUCGACAGCGUCCUCGUCACGGCCAAGGCCCGGGACAAGGCGUACGCGCACGCGCUGGCCGUGCCGGUGCUCGCGAAGAAGACGAUGCACGUGUCCGACAUGGCGACGGAGUUCGCCGUGUCGGCGCUGUGGCGGCUGUGCAAGAACUCCCCGGUCGACGGCGGGUGCACGGCCGAGGCGCUGCAGGUGGGCGCGUUCCAGAAGCUUCUGCUUCUUUUACAGCUCGGCUGCGAAGGCAUCACCAAGGAGCGUGCCAGCGAGCUGCUCAAGCUUCUCAAUGCAUCGCGCGACAGCGCCGAGUGCAUCGAGACGGCCGAUUUCAAGGGGCUGAAGAGACCCUUCACUUGAGUGUGCAGAGAUCAACCAAUUAGCUAGGUCAACAACUCAAUCAAGAUGUGGAUACAAGAUGUGAAAGAACAGAUACAAUUAGGUUUAAAUCGUCUUCCAUUCGACAACGUCGUAAUUAGUUCCUCCACCUGUUAAUGGCAGCUUUCACGCAGUGGUACAGAUACAUGCGACAGAAUUAACUUUUUUUUUUUGGGCUACAAGAUGAUGAAAAUUUGCAUGCAUGCUACUACUGCUCCUGAAUCUUCUUGGCUAAUCUAGAAUGGAGAAAAGAUGCAAUUUUUCUUUGGUAGUCUGCAGCGUACACAAAUUUUGACCAACGACGAGUAAACGCCAGUUUGCACUAUACACUGUAGCAUGCCGGACAAAAGGACAGUAUUCGGUAAAGGUGGAUGUGAAGCAGUUGUACACUACAAUUGGAAACUCCCGAAGCCAAACAUUAGCAGAGCUUCAGCUGCAGAAAAAGCACAAAGAUCUUAGAGCAAGAGCAAGUAUAAUAGCAGGCUAUAAGCUAAUUAAAUGCUUUUGUGUAAGAGAAGGAGGAGAGAGAAGAAGU